CGAUGGAGCGGCGGUGGGCGUGGCCCUUCCUGGUCGCCGUGGUAACAGUUUAUCUGAGCCCUUCCCAAAGUAAAAACGUAGAGUUCGCCUCCAACACUCUGAUCAACAACGUGGUGGCGGAUCCUCAUACGGGCCGGCUGUACGUCGGCGCCGUCAACACUCUCUACCAGCUGGACGCUAACCUGGAGGAGGAGUCACGCACCGAAACGGGCCCCAAACGGGACCACCGGCAGUGCACCCCGCCCGUCACUGACGCCUGCGAGGAAGCCGUGGAAACCGACAACCACAACAAGCUGCUCCUGGUCCACGGCGCCACAGACAGGCUGGUGGAGUGCGGCAGCCUCUUCAGAGGCCUCUGCUCGCUGAGGAACCUGAGCAAAGUGGAGGAUCUGCUGUACUUCAGCGACACCAAAGGAGAGAAGUCGUACGUGGCGAGCGCCGAGGAGGGCGUCUCCGUGGUGGGAGUGAUGUCACACUUAAUAACCAAGGAACAUAGAAACUACACCGUGUUCGUGGUUGGUAAAGGAUACGGCAGCCAUGACAGCACCAAGCUGAUCUCCACCCGCAUCCUGGAGGAUUCCGGCGACUGGGUCAUUUUCGACAACAUCAUCGAAGCCUCCGCCGUCCAGGCUAACCCGUUCGUCCUGCGCUACCUCCACGACUUCCGCUUCGCCUUCAAGAACGACGGCUUCGUCUACUUCGUGUUCUCGCGAACGCUCGGCGUUCAGGACAACAAGAACUUCACCUUUAUCUCCAGGAUUUGCGAGAAAGACUCGAGUUAUUUCUCUUACACCGAGCUGCAGCUCAACUGUAGCGCGACUAACAAGUACAACAAAGUUCAGGCUGCUUAUGUAUCAGCUCCAGGGGAGAUUUUGGCCGAGAUUAUGACCAACUCAAGCCAGUACGGACCAGUUAAAGCCACGGACAAGGUGCUGUUUGUCACCUUCACGUCUGAUGAAGAUCCAACCAAUUCAUCCAUGUGCAUGUAUCCUCUGAGCUAUAUAAACAAGGCGCUCUUGGAUAUAAUAGGAGCGUGCUACAGCCAUCACGGCCUCAUUAACCAGAGGACGGCCGUCUACAUGCCUUACUCCACCAAGUCUGAGGACCUGUGCACCGAUAAACCGCCUGACAUGAACGUCAAUUACCCGUGCGGAGAAGAGUUUCUGCCGUCGCCUCUUGCCAGCAAAGCUGAGUUCGCCUUAACCGCUGAUUCCCCGAUUGAACGCAAAGGUGUGAUGACUGCCGUCGCCGUUGCCGUGGAAAUGGGGCAUGCUGUGGCGUUCCUGGGCUUCGCCAACGGAGAGGUGCAGAAGGUUCAUCUCUCCGCUAACCCCGAGUUCUACGGUCGGGCGACGGCCGAGGUGACGGGCGACAAAGUCAACAAGAAUCUACUGUUCGAUUCCAGCCUCCAACAUCUGUACAUCACCACGGAGAAGAAGAUCACCAAGGUGCCAGUCCAGGCCUGCCACCUGAAGACAGACUGCCACUCCUGCGUCUCCAUGAAGGAUCCGUACUGUGGAUGGUGCGUCCUGGAGGGAAAGUGCACCAGGAAGCAGGAGUGCAGCCGCUCGUCGGAGGAUAACACCUGGCUCUGGUCGCCCAAUCAGAAGUGUGUUCAGAUCGAGCACUUUGAGCCGCCGAACCUCAGCUGCAAGAAGACGCAGCAGGUUGAAAUCGACAUUCCCCGCCUUCCCAGACUGACCCGGUCCGAUAAGCUGCAGUGUGUCUUCGGCUCGAUCCGCAACGAAGCCGUGAUCUCCUCGGAGAAGAAAGUCACCUGCUCGCUGCCGGACCCCGGGUUUGCCUAUGACAAGCAGCAGGAGGUGAACGUAUCCUUCCAUAUUAAAGAACAAAACACCAAGAGGAAGAUUGACAGCACUCUGACAGUCGUGCUGUAUAACUGCUCUGUGGGAAGAGAGGACUGCAGUUUGUGUAAACACGCCGACUCCAAGUACGAGUGUGUCUGGUGCCCGACGACGCGCUCCUGUGUCUACCGGGAACUCUGCACGUCACCGCAGCCGGCCCAGUGCCCCAACCCCGAAAUCACUGAUAUCAUCCCUCGCUUCGGCCCUUUAAACGGUCAGAUCUCCGUCACCAUUAAAGGCUCCAACAUGGGAAUAAAACAGACAGACAUCAAGAAGAUCACGGUGGCCGGAGUGGACUGCGUUCACCAGGCGGACAGAUACUCCGUCUCUACGAGUGUUGUGUGUGAGAUCGGUCCAGCAAAGCGAACGCCGCCGUCUGACAUCCCAGUUGAUCCUCCACACAGCGGAGCGGUGGAGAUAGAAGUAGAAGGAGGGAGAAGAGGAAAAUCUAAAGUCAUUUUCACCUAUCGGGACCCGAACCCAAGGUCUGUGGAGCCAGCGAGGGGUCCAGCGGCCGGAGGCACCAUCAUCACCAUCAAAGGAACAGCUCUGGACACAGCGACCAAAGAAGACGUAGCCGUUACUGUCGGAGGCGUCGCUUGUGAAGUCCUGUCGUUCGGACCCACAAAGAUCACCUGUAAGACGGGAAGGUAUCGGGGGCCGUCCGAUUCUCUGCCGGUGACGGUGAGCUACGGGAAAAACACCAACAAAGAAAUCCGAGAGGCGUACCAGUACUCUGAGAACCCCAAGAUUAUAGAUUUUAAUCCUAAAGCCAGCUUCGUAUGUGGCGGUCGGAGGAUUGUGGUGAUCGGAAACGGCUUCGAUUUGAUCCAAAGAGCUACGAUGAAAGUCUGGCCCUCCGCUGACGAGUUUACACAAGACAACACACCUGUAGAGUUCAUCCAGGAGGCUCUGAGUAAGAACGACACCGUCCUCCAGUUUGAUUCUCCGUCGGUGAACUUCAGCGACAGCAAGUCUCUGAAGACGUCGCUCCACCUGGACAACGUGAGGGAGGAGCUGACGGGCUUCGACUAUCAUCCCGACCCCACCUUCGACAAACUGUCCAAGAACGUCAUCACCGAGACGAGCAUCAUCAUCGUCACUGGUCGAGGUUUCUCCAAGGCGAUGACGGCCAAAGAGGCGCAGGCGUUUGUUGGAGACGCUUCCUGUCAUGUCAACAUACUUCAGGAUGAUAAGUUGAUCCUGGAGGCUCCGUCAUCGCAGCCCAGGGCCCGAUCCAAACGCCAGCGCAGAGACACCACCAACGACCUGCUGGAGCUAGUGGUGAAGUUUGGAAAGGGAGAGUGGACGGUGGGGUCCGUGUACUACGCCAGGAAAGAAGAUCUUCCUCUGGCUAUAAUCAUUCCUGCCGUCAUCGUACCCAUGCUGCUCUUCAUCGCUGCGUCCGUCUACUGCUACAGGAGGAAGAGUCAGCAGGCGGAGAGAGAGUACGAGAAGGUGAAACAUCAGCUGGAGAAUCUGGAGGAAAGUGUGCGAGAUCGCUGCAAGAAAGAGUUCACUGACCUGAUGAUUGAAAUGGAAGACCACACCAACGACCUGAGCGAAGCCCGUAUCCCCUUCCUCGACUAUAAGACCUACACCGACCGUAACUUCUUCCUGCCCUCCAAGGACGGCGCCGCCAACAACGCCAUGAUCACCGGGAAGAUACAAAUCCCCGAAGCUCGCAAGGCCAUCGUGGCUCAGGCGCUCAACCAGUUCUCCAACCUGCUGAACAGUAAAACCUUCCUCAUCAACUUCAUCCACACGUUGGAGAGUCGUCCGGACUUCAACGCCCGUGCUCGUGGUUAUUUCGCCUCCUUGCUGACGGUGGCGCUUCACGGCAAGCUGGAGUAUUACACCGACAUCACGAGGACGCUGCUGCUCGAGCUGAUGGACGAACACGUGCAGAACAAAAACCCCAAACUCAUGCUGAGGAGGUCGGAGACGGUGGUGGAAAGGAUGCUCUGUAAUUGGAUGUCCAUCUGUCUCUAUCAGUUCCUCAGGGACACAGCAGGAGAACCUUUAUACAAACUAUUCAAAGCCUUGAAGCAUCAGGUGGAGAAAGGACCGGUGGACGCUAAGAUGAAGAAAGCCAAAUACACUCUGAACGAUACGGGACUGCUGGGAGACGACGUGGAAUACUCCGUCCUGACUCUGCAGGUCCUGGUUCACGGAGAAGGACCGGACGUGACUCCAGUCAAGGUGUUGAACUGUGACACCAUCUCUCAGGUAAAAGAGAAGAUCAUCGAUCAAGUCUACAGGAAUCUGCCGUACUCACAGAGGCCAAAGGUGGAGAGUGUUGCUCUGGAGUGGCGUCCGGGCUCCACCGGUCAGAUCCUGUCAGACCUCGACCUGACCUCCCAGAAAGAAGGACGCUGGAAGAGACUCAACACUUUAGCUCAUUACAAUGUUCGGGAUAACGCCACGUUGGUUCUGUCCAGAGUUUUACACACACAGUCGUUCCACCAGCACCAAGACAGCUACGAAGAGAGUACUCUGCCUCUGCGGUACUGGGUGAACAUCCUGAGGAACCCCCACUUCAUCUUCGACGUCCACGUGACGGAGGUGGUGGACGCGUCGCUGCACGUCAUCUCGCAGACUUUCAUGGACGCCUGCACCAAGACGGAGCACAAACUCAGCAGGGAGUCGCCUAGCAACAAGCUGCUCUAUGCAAAAGAGAUUUCAACGUACAAGAAGAUGGUGGACGAUUAUUAUAAAGGCAUCAGACAGAUGGUUCCAGUCAGCGACCAGGACAUGAACACACACCUCGCUGAGGUCUCCAGGCAACACACAGACAAACUGAACACCCAGGUGGCCUUACAUCAGCUCUACCAGUACGCCAGCAAGUACUACGACGUGAUUAUCCAAUCACUGGACGAGGAUCCAGCAGCCCAGAAUAAACAGCUCACCCUCCGCCUCCAACAGAUCGCCGCCGCCCUGGAGAACAAAGUCACCGACCUCUGACCUUUAACCUCACGGAGGGGGUUCAAGGGGGGGAGGAGCUAACGGAGCUAACGGAGCUACUAAAACACACGAUGACGUUUUCCCAUUUUAAAAAAAGGACUUUUAAAAAAAAAAAGAAAAAAAAAAGAGGAGGACGAGCUUUACAAAGACUUUUCCGAAAUGUUUUGACCCGCGUACGGACAAGGAAGUGAGAGGAGGAGGCUUAAGUGGAGACACACAGGAAGCUGUUGACCAUAUAAGGACUGACAAGGAAGGAAGGAAGGAAGGAAGGAAGGAAGGGGGAGGAGUUACGGGACUCCAAAGUAAAGGUGGUAAAACGAGUGGAGAUUUUUUUUUUCUUUUUUUUUUUUUUUUUGGACAAUUGAAGUGUUAAAAGUAAGAGUGUUUUUUUUUGGAAAGGCAUACUUCCACUUGGCAUCCCAAAGA